AUGCUCAUAUUGCUUUUAGCCACAAUUCAUAAGCGGUUUCUGUCGGAGACUAACACAAACCCUUCUUUGAAUCUACUCCCCAAAAAUUAUAGACUUGACUCGAUUUACAUCAAUUCCGAGGAGCCAUUUCCCGAAGUUCUGGAAUUCAUUAACGAGUCUACAGAAUUCUACAGUCUCAAUCCAUUUACCAUAAAAUCAUCAUUGAAGGAGGGAUUCCAACUCUAUUUGAAUGAAAAGCCUACCAUUAAAAGUAUCGUCGUUGGUAUCAGGUAUGCCGACCCGUACGGUUCCAUGUUGCAAUACGAACAAGAGACCGAUCACGACUGGCCUAAGUUUCUCCGUGUUCAUCCAAUUUUGCAUUGGCAUUACGUUGACAUCUGGGAUUUCAUCAUAGGCUGCGAUUUGGAAUAUUGUCUGCUUUACGACAAAGGUUAUACCUCGAUUGGCGGUGUGGACACAACUUCGCCAAACGAAUUCCUCAAAAUUGGUCCUGAUUUCCUUCCAGCUUACAUGCUAGAAGAAUACGCAGAUGAGAGGGAGCGUUUAGGCCGGGAUAAAAAGACAUAG